AUGUUAAAGCGGCGUACGAAAUCGCAAAACCGUCGAUCCCGGUAUCGCUUUCUGCCCGUCGCAUUACUGAUAGUGCUAGCCCAAUGGUGCCUACUAGAUACAGCCGUCACAGCCGAAUCGACCGAUAUCGAGCUCGAUGCGAAGGCGAACAAAAUUCAUCAGAUCGAUUCGCUCAAUCUGUUGCUUUACACCUUCCUGCUAACUUUGACGGUGCUAACGAUAUGGUUGUUCAAACAUCGGCGCGUUUCCUGGCUGCACGAGACGGGUCUGGCCGUGAUAUACGGUCUUAUCGUAGGAGCCAUUAUCCGGUAUGCAGGAACCACCACACCAAUCAUCCACGUUUCCGUGGAAGCAGAACCGGAUGCAAAGUUCAACCAAAGCCUCCCACCGGACACACUGUGGCUCAAGUUUCCGGGCAAUUUACCGCACGGUUCCGACCAACCGGUGAAGGCGAACAAAACGUACACGUACAGCUUUCGCGGUGAGCUGGGCAAUGUGGAAGAGAACGAGAUCGAUUUGAAAGCUACGUUUGAUCCGGAAAUCUUUUUCAACAUCAUCCUACCCCCGAUCAUAUUCCAUGCCGGUUAUAGCUUAAAACGGAAAUACUUCUUCCGUAACCUUGGAGCUAUUUUAAUGUUUGCUAUCAUCGGUACGACACUGUCGGCAUUUUUGAUUGGCGCACUAAUGUACGGAUUCGUCCAGCUGAUGCCUAAGCUAAAAUCGAGCUUUACGUUUCUGGACACGCUGUACUUUGGGGCACUGAUUUCUCCCACCGACCCGCUUACCAUUUUGGCGAUUUUUAGCGAUAUGCAUGUGGACGUUAAUCUCUAUGCACUUGUGUUUGGUGAGAGUGUUCUGAAUGAUGCCGUUGCAAUCGUACUCAGUGGUGCAAUACAAAACUACGGUGAGCACUAUUCGAGCAAUGGCGAAUUUGAAGGCCACGCGUUUCUACGUUCGUUGGGAGAUUUUUUCAGCGUGUUUGCCUUUUCACUGUUGAUCGGCGCAUCGAUGGGUUGCGUCACGGCGAUGAUGACCAAGUUCACGCGGAUACGGGACUUCCCACUGCUGGAAUCAGCCCUGUUCGUACUGAUGUCCUACAGUACGUUUUUGAUCGCUGAAGCUGCAGAGUUAACGGGCGUUGUUGCGGUACUAUUUUGCGGUAUUUGUCAAGCACAUUACACGUACAACAACCUUUCGGAUGAUUCCCGGACACGAACGAAGCAGAUUUUUGAGCUGCUUAAUUUUCUUGCCGAAAACUUCAUCUUCUCGUACAUCGGUGUAUCAAUGUUUACCUUCCCGAAGCAUCACUUCGAUCCGCUGUUCAUUUUUACUGGUUUUAUGUGUGCGGCUAUCGGACGUGCUGUAAAUAUUUAUCCCCUUUCAGCUUUGCUAAAUAUUGCUAGAAAGCCAAAGAUCUCGUGGAAUUUUCAGCACAUGCUGUUCUUUGCCGGAUUACGUGGUGCAAUGUCGUUCGCAUUAGCGAUUCGUAACACGGUGUCCGACGCGAGACAGGCAAUGUUAACGACCACGUCGUUAAUUGUAAUUACCACCGUCAUUAUUCAAGGUGGAGCAGCCAACUUUCUGCUAAAUUGGUUGAAUAUACCUGUUGGAGUCGAUGAUGAAACGGAGGUCCUUCCCUAUCAAGGAGUACGAAGCGUGUACAAUUCGAUGGAGAACACAGCUGGGUCCAUCGAUGUUGGUUUAAAUCUCAGUCAACUGCAGGUGAAUAGGCGAGCAAGUUCUUUGGAUUUGGAAAAUCCGGAUAGUGAAGGUGCCACUACUCCUGGUGGGUCACGAAGAGGCCACGAAAAAGCUGUACUAGCACGGCUGUGGGGAAAUUUCGAUACAAGGUAUAUGAAACCAUUAUUGACUCAUUCGCGGCCAACAUUGCUCGAGACGUUACCCGUUUGCUUAAGCCCAUUGGCUCGUUUGCUCACUACAACCGAGCAGCUGACGCAGGACGGCCCAACGCGUCGUUCGGAUUCGGAUUCCGACCUAUGCAUCGACGAUGACGAUCGUGCUUCGCGUGGUGGUCCCGCUGAUGGUAGCGCACGCCGGAAUUCAAUCAAUCGCUUAGAAAUUAUGGACGACAGUGAGCAUGACACGUUCCGUGUUUCAUCCUCGGCUAAUAUUGCGAACCGCAUCAUACAACAGGGCAGAAGGGCGAGUGGAAAAAUUUUCCAUUUCUAA